ACCAGCCCAGCCAGCCAGCCAGCGGCGGAAAAUAAAAAUAUAUAUGAAUUAAAUUGGUAUAUAAUCGCACCGUACCCUCUCUCUCGCAGUCGCACGCCACGCCUGAUCCAGAAUAGGGGGUGAGAUGAUGACCUCUGUGUACGGCUGCGCAGAGUGCGGAGCCGACCUCAAUCUCAGCUCCGACCACCUCUACCCGCCGGACUUCUUCUUCGAGGCCGGCAACAAGGGCUCCCUCUCUUUCUCCACCAUCGACACCGCCAAAUUUAAUUUCGAGAAGGAGGACAAACUCAGGCCCUUCUUCGAGACCCUUAAUUACUGGGGAAUCCAGAGGCGUCGGACCAAGAUCAAGUGCAACCACUGCGGUUACCUCGUCGGCUACAUCUACGACGACGGCCCUCCUCUCACCGGCGGCACCGGCCAGUUCCAUAUGGGUCCCAGCCAGGUCAUCCCUAGGGCACCCAGAUACCGUUUCAAGAUCAAGUCCCUUCGGAUCAACUCCUGAGCUUUGGAAAAGCAUCCAAUAGGGAAGCUCUGCCUUCUGAUCAUACAUGCAGCUUUCCCUCUUUUCUUUGUUUGAGACGAUGCUGUCUUAGUUACAUACCGUUGUAGAACAUUUACUUUGUAUACAUAUUGUUGACAACGGUGAAUGUUGCUUUGAUAAUGCUUGUCUUCCAUCUGAGUUCUCGGUGCAAACCUUUGUUGUUGGGUAUUCUAAGCGAUCAAUUUCCUUAACCCCUUGGUUUCAUCUUCUACCAGUCAAAAGUGUUGUGUUACCCAUCUGGUAUUAUAGAGGAAAGGAAGUAGAAAAGGCUUGUGUAGAUGAAUGCCCAUCUUCUGCUAGUACAAGUUAGCUGGAGGGUUGGUUGUAUUAGUAGUUUGCCAAUGCUUCUUUCUUAGACCAUCGCCUUGUGUAUGGAUCUCUCAAAUGGAUUGCUGCCAGUUCAGCAUCUUAUCCUCGUGAAGCACUUUGAUAAUCAACAUGGGGAUUGCAACCCUGGAAACUUAGGAUGGUUUCAGGAUGAUCAACAAACCUCCAGCUUCUGUUCCUAGGCUUGAUUCUUGCAGGAGUAUGACGAGACAAGAGACUUUGAAUUUCUGGAGGCAAAAACUGAUCGUCAAGAACAUCACCUCAUUGAUGCAUUCAAGGCUGCUGCAAAUACCAUGGCCCUCCAUCUCACCGAGAUUGAGUACAAGCAAUUCGAGGAGUUGUUGAAGGAUGAUGAUUGUGGUGGUAUAGAGAGAUCCCUCUUAAGUCUUUUAGAAGUGAGGACAACAACACUGCAUCACUCCUGGCAUUUGGGAAAUGGGUUGGGAGGGAAAGGGGAGGAUGUAGCAGAGGGAGAGAAAGGGAACGGCAGUGAAGCUCCUCCAACCAUGCUAGCGUUGACAGGGACAGGGGACGCUGGUGGUAACCGCGGUGGCAGUGGGGUUGAGACGAUUGUUAAUCCACAUAUACGGGGAAUUCUUGAUGCAGGGGUCUACAGUCUUCUCGAUUUUUUGCUUUCAAAUUGCUGGCUGUUCUAGGGUUACUUCAUUAUGUGUUGCUUUACCUCAUGUUUCCUUAACUGCUUCUAUGGGGAUUGGAUGCUGAUGGGACUAACUUGAAGCCCAAGAUCAUUCUGGUGAGCUCCAUUUCUAAUGCUCUCAAGGUAAUCUUGCAACUGGAAGAAUUUGGUCUCCAUUUCUAAUGCUCUCAAGCAAUGGUUCAUCUCCUAUGCACAAAAAAUCUCGAUAUGAAAGUGACUUAUACACCGUUCCACAAAGAAUCAUUUAGUAAGAAAAUGAUUACUUAGUGCUGAUGAUAGCGACGAGAAUGAAUUUAAGAGUCCUUUCGAAAAGCACGUAGUAAGUUUACGUUACAUAUUGAUCUAUUAAAUUGAGAAUGUGUGUUUGUUUUCAUGUGUAGCUUUAAUUUUAACACUGAUUUGUGUGUUUGUUUUCAUAUGUAGCUUUAAUUUUAACUGUGAGUUGUAGGUCAUGAAAGUGGAGGGCCUAGAAGAAUUUAUAAAAUCUGCAAAAUACAGUUGAAGACUUGUUUUAUGUUAUUAAAGAGAAGGCUGGAGACACGAAAUGAGACAAUUUGGUCUUUAUUGAAUUUGUUCACGAAAACGUACAAAGACAAUAUUUGAGUUUGGUCAUUAGCGAGAGUAGCUGGAUUUGCUCAUCCACAAGUACUAUACUGCUACGACUUUGGUAUGGAUUGUGCAUUAUUUUUGUUAUGAUUUACGAGAAUUUUGUGGUUGAUUGUUGGUUUGUAGGUAGUGAAUUUGUGUGCAAAGGCACUAACAAUAUGUGAAAAACAUGAGAAUAAAGAUCCAAAUGUGGUAUUUGCCAAAUAUGUUUUCGGUAAGAGGC